AUGCAUGUGCAUCUCUGGGCACGUGCAUCCCUGUGUGCGCCUCUGUGUGCACCCCUGUGUGCAUCCCUGUGUGCACCCCUGUGUGCAUCCCUGUGUGCACCCCUGUGUGCAUCCCUGUGCGCGUGCAUCCCUGUGUGCGCCCCUGUGUGCACCCCUGUGUGCAUCCCUGUGUGCAUCCCUGUGUGCACCCCUGUGUGCAUCCCUGUGUGCAUCCCUGUGUGCACCCCUGUGUGCAUCCCUGUGUGCAUCCCUGUGUGCACCCCUGUGUGCAUCCCUGUGUGCAUCCCUGUGUGCACCCCUCCUGUGUGCACCCCUGUGUGCAUCCCUGUGUGCAUCCCUGUGUGCACCCCUGUGUGCAUCCCUGCGUGCACCCCUCUGCUCGUGCAUCCGUGGCUCCCAGUGCAGCGCUGCUCUUCGCACGGGCACG